GACCACCUCUAGCGAGCAGCAGGUGAAUACUGAAGAGAACAGUUCGUGUACUUUGUGUCUGCUAACUUGCAUAUAUGUUGCACAGCCGUUUCAAUUUUAAAAAGCCAUCAUUUACUUCGGAUAUGGUGGACACGCAGACGUUUGCCUGGCCCGUGGGAUUCGGCCUGAGCGCUCUGGAACUGGACGAACUGGACGACAGCUCGCACUCGAUGGACAUGAAGCCCUUCUCCACGCUGGACUACACCACCAUCUCCGGCGUGGAGUACGAGCCGAGUCCGCCGCAGAGCGAGGCGCCGCACAUGAUGGAUCUGACGCACAUGUACAGCUACAGAGCGCAGGAGAACUACAGCAUCUACAGAGCUCAGGAGAGCAGCUACACGGCCGAGGAGAGCAGCUACAGAGCACAGCAAGCACAGAAUUCAAUCAAACUUGAACCUGAGUCUCCUCCGCAGUUUGUGGAGAACAGCCUGGCGUUUUCCAAAGCUCAUGAAGAUCCGUCCGGCUCCGUGUUAAACAUCGAGUGUCGUGUGUGUGGAGACAAGGCCUCUGGCUUCCAUUACGGCGUUCACGCCUGCGAGGGCUGCAAGGGAUUCUUCCGCAGAACCAUUCGUCUGAAGCUGGUGUACGACCACUGCGACCUGCACUGCCGCAUCCACAAGAAGAGUCGCAACAAGUGCCAGUACUGCCGCUUUCAGAAGUGCCUGAUGGUGGGCAUGUCACACAACGCCAUUCGUUUUGGUCGAAUGCCCCAAGCCGAGAAGGAGAAGCUGUUGGCGGAGUUCUCCAGUGACGUGGACCACAUGCAUCCCGAAUCGGCGGACCUCAGAGCGCUGGCCAGACAUCUCUACGAGUCCUAUCUGAAGUACUUCCCCCUGACCAAAGCCAAGGCCAGGGCCAUACUGUCAGGAAAGACCAGCGACAACGCACCGUUCGUGAUUCACGACAUGAAGUCUCUGCUGGAGGGCGAGCAGAUGAUCAACUGCAGGCAGAUGCCGGCGCAGGAGCUCCGCAGGGCCGACAUGGGCGUCAUGCACGAGGUGGAGCUGCGCUUCUUCCACAGCUGCCAGUCACGCUCGGCCGAAGCCGUCAGCGAGGUCACCGAGUUCGCCAAGAGCAUCCCGGGCUUCGUCAGCCUGGACCUCAAUGACCAGGUCACGCUGCUGAAGUACGGCGUCAUCGAGGUCCUCAUCAUCAUGAUGGCGCCGCUCAUGAACAAAGACGGCACGCUCAUCUCCUACGGCCAGAUCUUCAUGACCCGCGAGUUCCUCAAGAGCCUGCGCAAGCCCUUCUGCGAGAUGAUGGAGCCCAAGUUUGAGUUCUCCGUCAAGUUCAACAUGCUGGAGCUGGACGACAGCGACAUGGCUCUGUUCCUGGCCGUCAUCAUCCUGAGCGGAGAUCGGCCAGGUCUGCUGAACGUCAAGCCCAUCGAGGACCUGCAGGAGACGGUUCUUCACUCUCUGGAGCUGCAGCUGAAGAUGAACCAUCCCGACUCCCUGCAGCUGUUUGCCAAAGUCCUGCAGAAGAUGACGGACCUGCGGCAGCUGGUGACCGAUCACGUGCAGCUGAUCCAGCUGCUGAAGGAGACCGAGGUGGACUGGUGCUUGCACCCGCUCCUGCAGGAGAUCAUGAGGGACCUGUACUAGUCUGGGUCUGACUGAGCUCGCUCUGAUGUACUCGUGGUGUUCUUGCACUGAAAACCCCUCGUCAGCAGAGGAACUAGAGCAGGUGUUACGUGUUUGACAAGCGGCCGCUUUGCGAUUCGUUUCUGGCUUUCAAGACAAAGAGUGCAGCGGCGCUGUUAAAGAGGGCAGCACCACCUGAAAACCUUUCACCAGCGGCUUUAAAACCGCACUUGUGUUUGUGCCUUACACAUACAGCCGUGGACAUAGAAGUGACACUCCUCGUUUCAUUUUUAAAAAUAACAUAAAAACAGCGUUGUGCAGAAGUCUGAGACCACAUUGCAAGUUAGGAUUCUUUUUAAACCUGGAAAUAAACAUUUGAGGGGGAAAAAAUUAAGAUAACACAAAAAUAAUGCAAGAUUUUUCUAGGUAACUAGGCAAAUAUAAAUAAAUUUAGAUGUAAAAUUCACCAUGUUGAACUCAUUCAUAGAGACUUUUUUUUUUUCUUUUUUUGCUUCGAAUGCUCUUUGGGGCGUAUUACGUUAUGUAGCAGUUUCAAAUUAUUUUUGAUGAAUAUUUUAUAUAUAAUAUAAUAUAUAAUAAUGGUAACACUUUACAAUAAGGUGUCAUUUGUUAACAUUAGUUAAUGUAUUAAUUAACAUGAACAAACAGUGAUCAAUACAUUUAUUACACUAUUUAUUCAUCUUUGUUAAUGUUAGUUAAUAAAAAUACAGUCCUUCAUUGUUAGCUGACAGUGCAUUAAUUAAUGCUAACAAACACACCUUCAUAUUUUAAUAAUGCAUUAGUAAAUGCUGAAAUUAACAUUAACUAAGAUUAAUAAAUGCUGUAGAAGUAUUGUUUAUUCUUAGUUCAUGUUUACUAAUGUUAUUAACUAAUGAUUGUUCAAUAUUAAUAUUUUUCAAUAAUAAUCAAUAUUAGUGACUAACUAAUAUUGUAAAGUGUUACUAAAAUAAUAUAUAUAUAUAUAUAUAUAUGCUAGUUUAACAUGGUGAUUGUCACUUUUUUAUAUUUAUUUUAUUUUUCAUUAGAAGAGAAUCCAAAUGAAUUAAAAGCAGGAACUCGUGAUCUCAGACUUGGCCGUUAUCAAAGCAUUUCAGAGAGCAAUAAAGCAAUAAAGUUCACAUUUACACACAAAUCUCUUAAGAGUGCCACAUAUAUGUCUCCAGCCUUCGCUCAUGUAGGUCUGCAGUUAAACACACACACACACACACACACACACUAUCAUCAGACGCACCAAAGAGUUUGUCUCAAACUAUGCACAGAAUAUAUGAGAUAAAUCUGAAUAUUUUAACCACUGAUAUUUGUCACAGGUGACAAGGUUUUCUUGCUUGUACAUAGAGCAAAUACAACACUUUCUUAGAUUAUAUUACAAACAUCUGCUCUUUUUGCCUGAAAUUCUGAAUUUAAAUAUGUUGUGUUUUGCAUAUAUGAACAUUAAAAUAAAUAAAAAAUCUGCGAGGGCUGUUUGUUUUGCUUUAUUUUUCUCAGUCAGGAUUUUUUUCUUUUCUUUUUUUUUUCAAAUCAUUCUAAAGCCUUAAUUUUUUAUUUUAAUUCAUGAAAUGUAUGUAAAUAAGAAGAAAAAAAAAAAUUUUUAAAAGGGAGCAUUUUUCAUAAAUUUUAAAUGACCUGUAAGUCAUUAAAUGUCAAAUGUAU